AUGUCGGCUUCAUCUAAUAAGACCAAUCGAUCUUCGUUUGCCACAAAAUCAAAACGAUCAAAAUAUGAUGAUGGAUCAACAAAUUCCGAUACAAGUGAACACAAUGUUACCGAAUCGAUCAAAUCACCAUCUUCUUCUGUAAGUGAUCGAGGAGCAGGUGGAGGUGGUAGUGGUCUCAAUCGAGCACGUAAUUCUACUGCCAGUGGGACUGGACGUAGUAAUAAAGGAGGAGGUGGUGGAGCAACAGGAUGUGCCAAGUUGUCAGAUAAAUUUACUGCUGAUGGAAAUGAAACAUUAACUAAAUCAACUGCUAAUGUUUUACAGAAUGUAUCUACUAUGUCGGCUGUGUAUUGUGUUUGUAAAACUCCGUACAAUCCAUCAAGAGAAUACAUUGGAUGUGAUCUUUGUCGAGAUUGGUUUCAUUUUGAAUGUGUCGGUUUGGAUCCAAAAGAUUCUAGUAAAUUAGGUGAUUCAUGGCAUUGUCCUGAUUGUAAACAAGCUGAAUUGAAAGCUAAUGAAAUGCUCUAUUGUCUAUGUCGUACACCAUAUGAACCAACAAGAGUAUACAUUGCCUGUGAUCGUUGCGAUGAAUGGUAUCAUCCAGAAUGUGUUGGUUUAACACCUGAACAAGCUGUUAAUCAUACAGACACAUAUCUUUGUCCAACAUGCUGUCAAUUAUCACAACCUACUACAACCAAAACCACAACUGCUACGACUACAACAAAGUCAUCUGGUAAAUCGAAAAAGUCCAAAGGAUUAAACAAUAAUAAUAAUAACACCUCGAUUGAUCAACAACCGAUCAUUGCAAAAACUAUUUAUGAAACUGAUCUCACAUCAGAUAGAAUUGAAAAGUUAAUUAGUUUAAUUGAAGAAAUCAAACAACAUAAAAUGUCAUGGCCGUUUAUUCAUACACCGGAUCCUUUGAAAUUUCCAAUUGCUCGAUCGUUAAACGAUGCAUUUAAUCUUCCUUCAGUGAUAAUAAAUUUAAAAACAGAAGUUUACAAAACUUUAGGCGAUUUUUCAUUCGACAUGAAUCGUCUAUUCACUAAUUCACGUUUAAUCUAUCCAAAAGAUACACCAGAAUUUAAUUGUACCGAAAUUGUUGAAGCGUUAUUUGUGCAGAAAAUGAAACAAUUCAAAGAAGCCAAUCUAUGA